CACAGAGACCUGAAAAUAUGUAGGGUAGCAGUGGGCGGAAUCCGAAGUGACGUCCGCGUCCGCGAAUCGGGCCACUUUGAUACAGCGUUUGCAGAUCGCAUUGUAAAAACUGUGCAAAUCCCGCACCUAUGGCCACUGACAAGUCUGCUGCAGCGUGUUAGCGUGUAGGAAAAAGACCCGAUGCACCUGAAAGAUGUCCAUUGCCCGGAUAAUGCUUUUGUCAUUCGAGAAAGAGGACUGAAAUUGCAGAUUGGUGUACGAUGGCAACCCUAGUAUUCAGAUACUGAAACGUCGGAUAAUAGCCUUGCUUGUUUCGCAGCUCACGCAGCUUCCUAAUCUCAAUAUGUCAACCCAAAAGUUUAAGAAGGACAAAGAAAUCAUCGGGGACUACGAAACGCAAGUAAAAGAGAUUCGUAGUCAGUUGACGGAGCAGCUGAAAUGCAUGGAGCAGCAGACAGAGUCGCGCCUCCAGCUGCUACAGGACCUACAGGAGUUCUUCCGCCGCAAAGCUGAGAUCCAGCUGGAGUAUUCUCGUAGCCUGGAGAAGCUGGCGGAGCGAUUCUCCUCCAAGAUCCGCAGCUCCAGGGACCACCGGAAGGACCAACACCUCUUGUCCCCAGUAAACUGCUGGUUCCUAGUCCUGAACCAGACAAGACGAGAAAGCAGGGACCACGCCACCCUCAGUGACAUCUACAGCAACAACGUCACUGUGCGCCUUUCCCAAGUCAGCGAGGAUGUCAUCAGGCUCUUCAAAAAGAGCAAGGAAAUUGGAUUGCAGAUGCAAGAGGAGCUGCUGAAGGUUACAAAUGAACUUUACACGGUUAUGAAGACAUACCACAUGUACCACACGGAGAGUAGCAGUGCAGAGAACAAGCUGAAGGAGGCUGAGAAGCAGGAGGAGAAGCAAUUCAGCAAACUGGGUGAUUCCAACGAGGAUCGACCACCACGACGCAGCACUGUUAGGAAGAUCGAGAAGAUGAAAGAAAAGAGACAAGCCAAGUAUUUUGAAAACAAGCUGAAAUGCACAAAGGCACGGAAUGACUACUUACUGAACCUGGCGGCAACCAAUGCUGUUGUGGGAAAAUAUUACAUCCAUGAUGUCUCUGAUAUGAUAGAUUGCUGUGAUCUAGGAUACCAUUCAAACUUGGCUCGCACCUUCAGGACGUACCUGUCAGCAGAGUACAGCCUGGAGUCAUCACGGCAUGAAGGCCUGGAUAUCAUGGAGAAUGCUGUGGACAGUUUGGAUGCCCGCAGCGACAAGCACAAGAUCAUGGACAUGUACAAUCAGGUCUUUUGCCCACCAAUGCGCUUUGAGUACCAGCCACACAUGGGCGACGAGGUUUGUUUGGUGACUGCUCAGCCACCGGUGCAGACUGAACUUCUGAUGCGGUACCAUCAACUGCAGUCACGACUCUCCACACUGAAGAUUGAGAAUGAGGAGAUGAGGAAGACUCUGGAUGCCACUAUGCAGACACUGCAGGACAUGUUUACAGUGGAGGACUUUGAUAUGUCAGAUGCAUUCCAGCACAGUCGGUCCAGUGAGUCCUUAAAAUUGGCUUCUUCUGAGACCUACAUCAGCAAAGUCAACAUUGCCAAGAAGAGGGCCAGCCAACAGGAGACAGAGGUCUUUUAUUUCACUAAAUUUAAAGAAUUCCUGAAUAGCACCAACCUCAUCACGAAACUACAGGCAAAGCAUGACCUCCUCAAACAGACACUAGGAGAAGGAGAAAAGCCUGAAUUUGGUACAACAAGGGGAAGACGGAACGCACGUGCUCGGAACCAGGAUUCAGGCCAGCCUAUACCACUGGUUGUGGAAAGCUGCAUCCGAUGCAUUAACCUCUAUGGCCUCCAGCACCAGGGAAUAUUCCGGGUUCCAGGAUCUCAUGCUGAAGUCAAUGAUAUUAAAAAUUCAUUUGAAAGAGGUGAAGACCCACUGGCAGAUGACCAAAGUGGCCAUGACAUCAACUCUGUGGCUGGGGUUUUGAAGCUCUAUUUCCGAGGCCUGGAGCAUGCAUUGUUUCCAAAAGAAUGCUUCCUAAACCUGAUGGCAACAACGAAAAUUGAGUCAGGAGGAGAAAGAGCUCACCACAUUCAGCAGAUUAUAUUAACUCUUCCUCGUUCUACCAUUGUGAUCAUGAGAUACCUUUUUGCUUUCCUCAGUCACUUGUCCCAGUAUAGCGAUGAGAACAUGAUGGACCCCUACAAUCUAGCCAUCUGCUUUGGGCCAACACUUAUGCCCAUCCCUGAUGGGCAGGACCCAGUGGCCUGUCAGGCCCAUGUCAACGAAGUUAUCAAGACUAUCAUUGUCUACCAUGAGGUCAUCUUUCCAAGCCCCCAGGAACUGGAUGGGCCCAUAUAUGAGAAAUGUAUGUCUGGAGGGGAGCAGUACUGUGACAGCCCUCACAGCGAGCCUGGCGCCAUCGAUGAGGUGGACAAUGGCACAGGUCCGCAUACAAGUGACGACGAUCUAGAGCAGAUUGAGGCCAUCGCCAGGUUUGACUAUGUGGGCCGGACUGCGCGGGAGCUGUCCUUUAAGAAGGGGGCAUCGCUGUUACUGUACCACCGAGCCUCUGCGGAUUGGUGGGAAGGACGGCACAAUGGUGUGGACGGGCUGAUACCUCAUCAGUACAUUGUGGUCCAAGACAUGGAUGAUGCCUUUUCAGACAGCCUCAGCCAGAAGGCAGACAGCGAGGUGAGUAGCAGAGCCUCUCUGGACAGCAAGGCGUCCUCCAGGAAUGACGUCCAUUCUCCAUGUGAGCCCUCAGCAGACUACGGCUUCUUGGGAGUCCUGGGAAGGGCGAGGUUACAGUCGGAUGGCGCAGCGAUUUCUCGACGGCGGAACGGCGUCGACACUCACAGCCCCCCCGGAGGCCUGGAAGUCCCUCCACGCGCUGCCGCUUACCCCUGCAGCCCCCUUAAAAUGCCCACCAGCCUACGGUGUGCUGAGAGUCCAGAACAGCGGCAUUUAGCUACAUACGCCAAUGCGGCCGGCAUCAACCACCCUGAGAGGAGGGCAUACCCCGAGGCACGUCCGUUGAAACCCACGCCAGGCUCCACUCGCCACAGCAAAUUGGCCGACCUCAAGUCCCUGGAGGCAGAAGCUCUUGCUGAGGAUAUUGAGAAGACUAUGAGCACUGCCCUGUACGAGCUGCGAGAGCUGGAGCGGCAGAACACGGCCAAGCAGGCUCCAGAUGUGGUUCUGGACACGCUGGAGCCGCUGAAGUCGAGCACUGAGCUGACCCGUCCGCAGCACACCAUCACAAUCCGUGACCCGGAUGCCGGGGUGCACUGCAGCAGUAAUCCCAGUCCAGAAAUGAUGAGCACAUUCAAGCCAGUGCCAUCACCCCGACUGCCUGGUGCACAACUAAGGGCCUCCUCUGUCAGGGCCCCACAGAUGGCUCAGCAGUGCCCCAGCAGUCCCAGCCCGUCUGGGCGAGGCUGUCCCACUGUCCCACUGCCCAGGAAGAUCUUCCCUCGAGACUCCCCUCCGGACUCUGGGCCAGUGUAGGUCAGGUGACACCCAUUCAGCCAAUCUGGAUUGGUUUCCCAUCAGAUUUGUUUGUUCGGCCGUUAUGUUGAAUUCUAUUUGUCAAUUCAUAGACGCUACCAAAGUGGGCAGCCUUGGAAUAUUUCUUGCGCUUUUAGAACCCUUCUUUCUUGAGGUGCCACGUGACUUUGAAAUUGUGAUUACUAAGCAAAUGAAGUCUCCAUUGCAUUUAAAGCAACAAAUAAGACAAUUUAAAUCAUUAGGUUUUGCGGUGUACAGACAGAUGAAGUGAGUUUAGCAUAACCGCACCGGAUAGCUAUCGGAUCGAUUAUUUUGUGAAUGCCUUUGCAGAAUGCAAACGCCCACUGUAGUUCACAGCUUUCAAGUUACGAAAUAGUUCAUAAAUGUAGACAAGCUGACUUGUAUCAGUGUUUUGAUUGUGUUUGUGGAAAGAAAUCCCCUGCAAAGCUUUUUUUGUCAGGUACUAUAAAAGACAAAACAGCAAGGUAAUGAAAUUGCAGGAGUAACAUAGCAAUAGUAAUAAGAAACUUAUAAGACAUCUGCAAUAAAAUAUAGCUUACUAUGGUAAUUAUGAUGUUAGCUAACAGGCAAACGAGAAUAAUGAAAAGCAAAACUAAAUGCAGUAAUAUGAACCUCGAAUCACAGAAUGUUUUCAGCUUAAUGUAAGUACUCUCUGUUGCUAUAAUAACUAAGUAUCACUGGUAUUCAUGUGAUUUCCUGUUUUAUUGUGUGAAUAUUGCACUUCAACACAAACUCUGUUUGUAUAGUGUAACUGCCUGUCCUGACUCAGUCCGUAUUCGGUAUGUAUUGUUUAAACUAGGGUAAAUGUCUGCACUUGUCAGAUCUUGUUUCGAAAGGUAAAUCAAUUAGCCUCUUACAGCUUCCUCACAAGUCCUGCACAGCACGCGGUCAUAUCAACAAUGCCAGUUUUGAUCUGAAUUUGUUGUCACGCUAAUAUAGUGACAACCAUUCCCUGAUGUCAACAAAUACAUAAACAGCGUUUGUAGUAGAGCAAGAACCACAUGCAUCCAUGUACUGGAAUAACUGGAUAAAUGAGAUCUAUAAAAUGCUGUGUGUGUGUAAAGUUAUUGGCUAUAAGCUGCCCAGUUCACUGUACUAUGACUAUAUAUUGCACUCAACUAAAACAUGGCUUAAUACAUCACCAGGAGAUUCAGUCAAAUGUCCCGUGUCCCAUGUCCCAGUUCAUUAAGACCCCCCCCCCCCCAAUAAAUAAAAAUAAAUGCUCCUGUCCUGUUAGGAUAAACCAUUAUGGAUGUUGCUAAUCUCAAGUGCCUAUUUAAGUCAGGUGAUACAAGUUAAGUUUAACUUUGUAGAUUUACUGCACAUAAAUUCUCAUCCCACAUGCAUGUGACAUUGCCAUUGUAUGACACCUACACCCCUGUAUUGUUUUAUGGCAGGAAGAGUCUAUCCUAUGUUUGCAUUAGAUUUAUAUAUAUACACACACACGUUGGCCUUGUUGGUUCAGCAAGAAUCCAUUUCCAGCAUUUCAUUUGGGCUUGUCAGCCAUUGUCUUAGUGACAACACUUCCCCCUUGUGGUGAGAAAAAAAAUGGCACCCAAAAGAACAAGUAGAAGCUUAUCUGUAAAUUAAACCUUUGUUUUCUCCUCUGGGUUCAGUUCUAUUAGGGUAGCUCCCCUGUUCCUACAGGGCCCAAUAGAACCACCUUUUAUUUGAAACAUAUAGGUAGGGAGGUACCUGAUACUUUAUUGUUCUCCUGGCAGGUGUGACUUAAUAAUGUUUUAUAAGAUUUGUUCAUGGGCAAUCCUUAAAUGAAGUCCUGUCUAAAAAUAUUAUAGUCAAACACAAAUGCUGCAUAGUUGUAUUCAUAUAUAGAAAAUAUCUACGCGUCAUAUCUACAAAAAAUGAAAAUGAUGCAUUUUAAUUCUGCGGCAUUUCGUCAAAUUUUGUUGAAUGUCCCCUCAAGGUAAAACCUCAAGAUGGCGAUAUUGCUUUAAAAGACAUAGACAGUCUCUGAUAUGCACAGUAUAAGAGUCAUUAGACAUAGACAGGCGCUGACAUAUGCAGUAUAAGAAUCAUAAGACAUAGGUGCUGAAAUACACAGUAUUAGAAUUAUAAGACAUAGACAGGUGCUGACAUACACAGUAUUGGAAUUAUAAGACAUAGACAGGCUCUGACAUGCACAGGAUAAGAAUAUUUUUCAUCUUUCAUUGUCGUUUUCAUUACAGCCAGCAUUUCCCUUUCAGGGAGGACUCAGAGAAUCAAUAGUGUCUAUAGUACUGCACAUACCAAUGUAGUAAGACUAAUUUAGCAAAACUAAAUAUCAAUACCUCUGCAUUUUUCGUAGAUCUGGGUUCAGUAUAAUAAUUUGGUUCUGCAUGACUCAGGUAACAUCAUCACCUACCUGUACUGUAUCCAUUAAAUCCCUUUGUGGAAAAUGACGACAA